GGAGCAGCCUACUAGAGAGCUUUUACUGAUAAAUAAAUCAUCCGAUGACUAGUUUUCUUAGGUUGUUCAAGAUGGCUACGAGUUUUUCUCGAACAGAAAGCUGGUCACAAUAUUCUCAGCCCCGCACUACUGUGGUCAAUUCGACAACGCCGCUGCUGUCAUGAUCAUCAAUCCGGACUUGCAGUGUUCGUUUCAGCUCUUAGAAGCGUUGAAACUUGAAGCGUUAUUCAUGCAGUGCAAUCUGUUUUACUUUGCAAAAAGCCAAUCUAAGUACCAAUGGCAAAUCUUCAAAAACGAAAAAGCAGCGUUAACCAGGCAUUCUGAAGCACUGUACCAGUGCAUGAACAAGCGUUCAGCUCGCGUAAAUGCGGUAAAUCUAGAAGAGCCGAGAGCAUAUGAAGUUAGUUUAACUGAAGUUCAAACUGCUAAGUUAGUACUCAAAACGCUUCAAGCAACGUUCGAAAAUGCUCUUUUUGCUCUAACUUAUGCAGUUGCUAAUUUCAAAAUCCUCUCGAAGAUGAAGAAGAAAGCUAAAUUUUUGAAUACAUCAACAACGCAUUGGAAGCAAUCUCGAGAGCUACAAGCUUGCUUGUAA